AAGGUAUCUAACUAGUAAUUGUUUUUUUAUAAAUUUAUAAGUUUAAUUAUUUAAAUUUUUCCAUUUUAUAGAUAUUGAAUUAUGAUAAGAUUGAAGUUGAAUGCCGCUUUUAUUUUAUUCAUAUCUUUAAUGUCCAUUAAAUGUAUGACGAAUUAUUGCAUGGAUAAAAAUUAUUUCAGUAACUUCUUACAAUAUGUCAAUGAAAUAAAAACUAAGGAACAGUGUAACAUAACUUUUAAAACAGAAGAUUUAGAUGAACUACAAAGUGGCAAGAAUUGCUUAGUGAAUAAGAUGUUUGAUACCAAAAUAAUGAGCCUAAAGUGUUUGUAUGCGUUUAUUGUUCACAUUAUAUUGAAUAUUUUUAGUAUGGAAUUAACAGAAAAUAGAGAAUUUAGAUAUGUUAACAAUGAAUAUCUAGAUGAACAUAAAAUUUUACAAAUAUUUGAAGACUGUAUUGGUCGCAUGUUGUCAGUUCUUUUUAUUGGUAAAAUAGUUGCUCCUAGUUGGCUUUGGACAAUCCUUAUUAAAUUACAAGCCUUAAAAUACAAAAAAAUUACUAAAAAAGAGCUUUUUAAAGAUUUUAGUAUUAAUGAUAACUAUAGUUUUGUUUCAAUGUGUAUUAAAGACGAAUUUGUUAGUUUAAAUAAUAUUAUAAUAACACAAAAUAAUUCACCUGAAAAAGAUAAACUUCUAGACAAGUUUAUAAUUUUAAUCAUGGAAGUAGACCUCAUUGGCAAUUUCGAUAUAUACUUGAAAAAUUUGUAUAGAUAUGAACCAGAGUUCAAAAAUAUGUUUAAUUUUUUGUGGAAAAGUAGUGAUGUCCAUCAAAAGAUUACACCAUAUUCUGAUUAUUUUAAGGGUAUUAAUUGGUUAUCAUUUAAUGAAAUGUUGGAUGAAGCACAUCAAUUAGCACAAAAUCAAUGGAUCAUUAAUGUUUUUUCUGUAUCAAAAUAUAUUACUUUACUUAAGGAUACAGUAACAAUUACAAUGCUCUAUUGUGUCCUUAGACAUCUUUUGGAGUAUCAAAAAGGCAGGUGGUCGCCGGAGUUUCUUAAACAGAAUUCACCCGAAAUCAAAUUGAAGUUUGAUAAUUUUUUAGAAAAUAUUGUCAUACCAUUAAAAAACACAAUUAAUAUUUUGCAUUUAAAUGGUAAUGAGUUUUAUAAACGUAUAAUGUCUCAUUUGACAGCAAAAUAUAAAACAGAUUCAUAUGAUCGUUUUAAAAUAAUAGUUGAAAAAGUCCAGUGUAUACUAAAAAAAUUGUUAAUAAAGUAUAAUCAUCCAGUUACAAAUUUAGAACAAUCAAUUAAAGAUAAUAUGAUAACGAACAUAUUUCAGGCGAACAAGAAAUGCUUGAUGAAUAAUUUUCACACUCUACAGAAUUAUUAUAAUAGAAUUGAAUCACUAAUGUGUUUAUUUAAUAAUGAUAUUUUAAAAUACUUUAAUUCUUGUAUGUACGAAAAAUGGUUUCAUUAAGUUUUAAUAUUAUUAAUAUUACUAGUUUUUAAUAAAAUUGAAUGUAGAAAUUAAUUAUAAUAAAUACUAUUUAAAAUUGUAUUUGAUUCAUUUAGAAAUAUUUUUGUAUUUGAAUAAAUC